AUGAACACAUUGUCAGUGACGCAUGUUAAUUCCGUGAGUUUUCAACAUGGAGAAAAUUUGCUGGAGCUCACGACGGUUUCACCACAUGGAGAAAUGCCUGAAUGGGGCUACAUGGCAACAGCAACAGUAUUGUUUUUCAUAGGAUUUUUUGGAUUCUUUUUGAAUUUCUUUGUGAUAGUGCUGAUGUGCAGAGAUAUCCAAAUUUGGACACCAAUGAACAUAAUUCUUUUGAAUUUAGUAUGUAGCGAUCUUUCUGUAAGCAUUAUAGGAAAUCCAAUAACUUUGACCGCUGCUUUACAUCAUGGUUGGGUUUUUGGUGAAACUGUUUGUGUUUGCUAUGGAUUUUUCAUGUCUUUAUUAGGAAUUACGUCAAUAACAACGCUGACUGUUUUAUCAUACGAACGAUAUUGUUUGGUCUCAUGUCCGUUCUCAUCGUCACAUCUGACAAAAGCAAGUGCUAAAACAAUGGUUGCCUUUAUAUGGCUUUAUUCUUUGACUUUGACUACGCCACCAUUGUUUGGUUGGGGAAAGUACGUCAACGAAGCAGCCAACAUAAGCUGUUCUGUAAAUUGGGAAACUAAAAGUUUCAACGCAACAUCUUAUAUAGUUUUUCUUUUCGUGUUUGGCCUUGUUGUACCUCUUAUUGUCAUUGUGAUUAGCUAUAUCCGAAUACUUAUAACACUGAGAAAAAAUGCAUUACGUGCCGGACGUGUUAAUAAAGUUGAGAGUAAAGUUACAAACAUGAUAUUCGUGAUGAUUUUAGCUUUCUUCAUAGCGUGGACGCCUUACAGUAUUUUUGCACUGAGCGAACAAUUUGGAGAUCCUGAUUUAAUAACUCCAGCGUUUGCUGUACUCCCAGCAUUGAUAGCUAAAUCGAGCAUUUGUUAUAAUCCUCUCAUCUACGUUGGAAUGAACUCUCAGUUUCGUGCUGCUUGGCGAAGAGUCUGUGGAAAAGAAACGAAUACUCAGGCUAAUAUUAAUGACACAAUAAUAAAUCAAAUUUCUUCAGACGCGAGUGCUAAAGUGUACAUUGAUUGUUCAUUUACAAAACCUACUAAGAAAAGAAAAAAUGAUUCCAAAGAGAAAACAAGUCUGAUGAAUCUGAGUGCUAUGAAUUUAAAAACAACGAAUGAGAAUUUGAGAAAGAAAAGUACCAUCAACACUAAUAUCGUGAUUACUAAGAACAUCGAGGUUUUCAAAAGUCCAACACAAACUUGUAACGAAUUAAAAUAUUCUGAAAGGAAUUCGUUUAUUUUCCAAAAAGAUAACAGAAUAAAGGAAAAUCGUUAUGAAUUGAGAAUGUUUUCCAGUGAAGCUAAUAUUUAUGGCAAAGCCAUUAAUCAAGUCAUAAGAGCAAAUUCGUAUAAAUCAAAUGUUUGCUAA